AUGACCUCGUUCCUCAGACGUAUCUCUUCCCGCGGCUCCUCGGACGCGUUGCCGUCGCUGAACGUGUCGAGCCAUGACUCGGACGACGACCGCGAGUGGUCCCGCUCGCGAGGCCGUUCGCUCUCCCCCUUCCGGCGCCGCAGAUCGACUUCCAAAACACGCACCGCACCGAGUGCCGGUCCGUCGAAACGGAGUCCCAGUGCGGAAGGGCUGAGGACCGAUCCCGAUCACGAGUCGGAUGCGGAGGGGGACAGGACACCCGUGGUGAGGCCUUCGAAUGCGUUCGAUAGUGAUUCGGACGACGAGGACGAGGACGAGGACGAGGGGGAGGAUUGGCCAGAGGAGGUGUUGAAUAAUACAGAGGUCAGUCGUUGGCUUGAGGCUGUAUCUCUGUCAGAGGGGGCGGUGGGGCUGGCGCAGAGGCUGGCUUGUCGUGCCCCACACUGACUCACGCUCCCCCCCACGACGCGCACGGUCACCCUCCGACGUACUGACCACGAAUCCCACUCUCCCCAGGCCAACUCUUCAACGCAAACGCCCGAAGACUUUAUCACCCGCGAAGGUCUCUCCAUGACCUUUCCCGGCGAAGGACCCAACAUCGACUCGUCCCAACAUUCGGCCGGAUCCGGACCCGGUCUCUUGCGUCGCAAGUCCACCAAAUCAGGCAAGACGCUCCAACCGCUCAAGCUCGAGACCGGUCGACCGGUCUUUGAGAAGAAUCGCUGUAGUAUCACCUUGACUCAGGGGGAUCCGAUCAAAGCGGGCGCAGGGAGGAGGACGAGGUCCUUCUUGGUCGCGAGCGAUUUGAGUGAUGAGAGUUUGUAUGCGAUCGAGGUGCGUGCGGGAGUACGCUUUCUAGAAUGUGACGCAGUUUUGGUGCUGAUCGAUUGUGGAGUAUCUCGAGUCACAGUGGGCGAUUGGAACGGUUUUGAGGGAAGGCGACGAGUGUACGAUCGUGUCCAUCAUUGAAACGGAUUCCAAGUGUGAGAUUUAUGAUUACACGCGUCAUGACUGCUGUGUAUUACACGCGUCAUGACUGCUGUGUCUGGUGAUUCCUGACCCAUCUUGAUCCUUCAUUCCCCAUCCAGUCGACCCCGAAUCAACGAACCUCUCCGCGAGCGAAAAGAAAGCCAAAAUCAUCAACCAGCGCGAACGCCAAGCGAGCUGCCUCGCCAUAUCCCGACAAGCAACAGCUUUAUUGGAAAAGACGUCCUUGAACGUAUCGAUCUAUUGUCAAGCGAUCCAUGCCAAAGUACCGAGGCACCUCCUGGUCGAUUUGGUGCGUUCGAUAUCAGGCAUGGGCGAGGGGGAAAAAGGCCGGAUAACUGAUCUUGAUUCGAGAGGUCCUUUCGCACACAGAUUGAUUAUGUUGAACCUACGAUGGUGAUCAUUGGGACGCGAGGAUUGAGCAAGAUCAAAGGGUAACCCAAAACUGACGCUCGUCGUAAACCUUCGCUUAAUGAGGUCCAGCUAAUCCCACCCGUUUGGACCCCACCCGCACAGCAUGCUCCUCGGAUCCGUAUCCAACUACCUGCUGCAAAAAUCAUCAUGUCCCGUCAUGGUGGUCCGGCGACCCCUUCGUCUAUCCCGGACGACGCAUCGCAAGUUGUCGUCCCUCAAUCGAGAAGCGAGGAGACCGCUUAGUGAGGCGAUUAUCGAGAGUGAGAGUCGGGGAGGGACCGUCGGGGAUGAUGCGAAUGAGCCGGAGGACGUGAAGGAGAAGGUAAAGUGUAUGAGUAUCAGUGAUAAGUAG